AUGAGAGCGACAAAGCCGGGAGGACUUGUCUUCAACUUCUCCGAGCUGCCAGCAGCGCCCAAUGAUCUUUAUAAGAAGGCAGCAACGCCACGGCUGAAGCGAGCUGGAGCUGAGAAAAGCCCAGUCAUCGUGGUGGAAGACGACGGUUCACCUCUCUUCGAGCCCCUUGGCGACCAAACUCCUGAUCAAACUGAAGUAGGCCAUCGUCUUCUCACGCAACAGAUGGUUCCGGCGCCUUCCCAUGCCCGAGGUGCACGCAAGUCGACUGACCCUAAAAUGGAUCGCCCCGCGCAGAAGACAGACUCAACACGACCUCCAGCUCGCCCACCCGGAAAUGGUUCCCAUUCGAAAACAAAAGCCAACGCCAACCAGCUGGAUCGUCGGCCGAAGUCCGAACAUAAGCGAUUCACAUACCGUGACAUCGGAGGUAUCGGCCGUGAAAUAUGGCAACCUGGCGACCCUGAUGGCAUGAGAGGAACCGAAUUUACCAACAACACAUAUACCAAGAGAUGGCGGUUCUUUCAGACCGACAUUGGGCCCAUCGAACGCGGAACCAAUUCACCUCCACACUAUGUCGUCCUAGAUGAUAAAGCUGCCUGGGAUAUUAUGUCGUCCAAAAAGUACACAAACAAGGACAAAGGAGACUUCUGGGCGUUGGACUUUACUACGGGCGGCGGCCGUGUCCUCGCAGCCAGGUUCAACAAGGGGAGGGCAGCCGUGGUGGCGAAGGGAACAGGGAUGGAUGUGGACGAUAAAGAUGGCCAAGGUGUUAGACAUGUCGGUUACACCGUGAUCGGCGAGAAGGAUAAAAAGAGGCCGUACUGCUUUUCCGGAGAAAAGGGUGGUUACGAAGAAAUCAUCUUCAACGUCCCUACGGCUGAGCCCGUUGCUGCGAACCAGACCUCAGUACUUGAUGACGGAAAUAGAACCGAGAACCCGACAGCAUCCCAGAAUGCCGGCAAGAAGAUCGGACUGCUAGGCAAGCGAAAGGCAGAAGAGUCUCUCAAUCCACGACACAAGCGUGAGAAAGUCGGCAAGUACCUCCAUUCCACCCCGUCCCCGACAUGGCCCGGCGGCUCGAGACGUCUGAACAAACCACCGGUCCAAAGGGCAAGACAUGCUGAUCGCGAACUGGACGAUCAUUUCUAUGGCUCAGAAUUGUCGCCUCAGAUAGCAGCUGGCGGCAAAACCGUGUACGCUGCAAAUGUCGAAGAAGAGCCUGAGCGCGUAAACGGCCUUCUUGUGACUUCUGGUUGGAGAACACCACAUGGUGCCAGGACUGAGUACGCAAUCGGCGCAAACACUCCCUUCGUCGACCGCUCGUUGGAUGCGCGUACUCCACGCCGGGAACCUGCAUCAAUAAUACAGUCUCAACUUUCAGAGAUGGAACCAGAUUCACAGCUUCCUUCUCACGACACUGGAUAUGCGCAGGGUAGUGAGCAACCGCUGUGGCAGGACGUAAAGAGGAUCGAGGAAGAGCUCCUGCAGGCACGUGGCCUCUUGCGCUCGCGCGACGGGGAGAUUGCGAGCUUGAGAGCACAACUCAACAAUCCAAAAGCAGCCGGCGCUUUAAGGGCCAAAGAUAUCGAGAUCCAGAGAUUGAAGGAGGAGUUGAGGCAAGCUUUGAGCGGCGACUACUAA